AUGGCUGGGUCUGCCUCGUGUUGGACCGCCGUUCGUAUCGUCAGGCCGACGGGGCCACCAAGACCCCUCCUGACCGAGCUCAUCGACGACGCCCUGUGGUCCCUGGUCGGCCAGCCCCACGCGCCCCACCUCCGCCACGCCUUCGUCUCGGCCACCGACGCCGUCGUCUUCGUUGUUGGGCCGCCCAACCCCCUCAUGGCCCACAACCUGCGCGUCAAGUGGGGCGACGCCCCGCCGGCCUCGCUCAGGGUCGUAAGCGGCGCUGUUCGCGGUGCGGCCGGUCGCAUUGCAACCACGCCCACGCCCGAGAGCGGCGAUGGGGACAGUGGCGGCUGGGGCUCGGUGGCGCUCGAUAUGGAGGUGGUCGGGUCACCGCCAGACCCGGGCUACAAGGGAAUCUGGGCGCCCAUCGAGGUCCACACCGACAUUGUCUACGACCAACAGCUUGGCCUCAACCAGCGCAUCGAACACCACGCCCCGGGCCGCGUGCCACCGGCCCGGUUCUGGGCCGCCGCGGCCCGCGGUGGCUACGGAGCCGCGGCCUCGGCGGAGCUGCUGUGCGUCCAAUCGCAGGCGGCCAUCGCCUACCAGUUUGCCGUGCGGGCGGUGCUGCUCGACAGCGGCUGGGGUGCGGCCCUGGCACAGCGCGGAGUGCAUGUCAAGCUGAUGGGCUUCGAGACCAACAACCCGCUUCACGACGACCACAGCGGCCGCGGGGCCCACUUCCACGUGGCCAUCCGCGGCACACCGACGGAGCCCAAACUCCUGCACCUCGGCAGGGACCUGACGCCGCACCUGUACCUGACCUCCGCCGGCCGACUAGACCCCGCGCUCACCGUCCACCGCGGCUGGUCGCUCGGCGUGUUUGGCAUGUUUGUGCGCGACGACGGCGCACUCGAGUUUGGGCCGCUCGUGGGCGUCAGGCACGGGUCCUCAUCGGACAUGCACCUGCACGUGCGCCAGUCGAAGCAGGCCGACCGCGACCCGGUCGUGGCCUGGAACAAGCGAACCGACGAGGGCAGCGCGUGGGUGCAGUUCUUCAACGGCGGCGUCACCGUCUGGUGCAGCGCACGGUCGUGGCGCUUUCUGCAUGUGCGCGCGGCGAAGACCGGAGCCGGCGACCAAGUGGUGCAGUGGAAGAACGCGACCGACCCCGGGAGCUGGUGGACGGUCGGCGCCGACGGCGGCCUGAAGAGCGUGCGGAGCGGGCACCACCUGACCCUGCCGCCCGGCAGCGGCCCGCGCUCGCCGGCGGUGCAGUCACCGCAGUGCGACCGGUGGGUGGUCGAGCAGCUGCGCGGCGGGCCGGCCUACCGCGUGGACGUGUCCUACGCGGUGGAGAUGGUCCAGGCGACGCCCGACGGGGCCACGGUCCGGAUUCAUCGCAACGGCGCCCCGUGGGCGGAGGUGGCCACGACCGACGAUGCGUACGGGGGACGGCUCACGGUCGUCGAGACAGCAGGGCAGGGCCAGCGCCGCGAACAGGUCAUCCACUACGACCCCCUCACCGGCACCCCGUUGCCCUGA